AUGCAGCCAACCGAAGCCAGAGGGAGCCGACUGCGCUCCCGUCCUUUCAUCGCCACCGUUGUUGUUCUAAGUGCGUUGACCGCAUACUCGGUCCUGCUCCAGACUCAUCGCCAUGCAAGGCCCGAACUGCGACGGGAUCACCAGGCCGCUCUGUUUCAACGGGCCAAGGAACCCGAGUGCGGCGACGUACACUCUGCCGCGGAUCAGUGUGCUUUCGUGAGGAAAUAUUGUCUGGAUGAGGAUGCCGGCCUAUUGCCAUAUCUCGAGUGGUACUUUUGUGCUUUUAAUGGCAUAAAACCCAUUGGAUUCACUCUACUCGUUAUCUGGCUUGGACUACUGUUUACCACCAUUGGGAUUGCCGCCAGCGACUUCUUCAGCAUCAAUUUGAGCACCAUUGCGGCCAUUCUUGGGCUCAGCGAAAGCCUCGCGGGUGUCACUUUUCUCGCUUUUGGCAAUGGCUCCCCUGACGUGUUCAGCACAUUUGCCGCCAUGAGCUCCAAUAGUCCUAGCAUGGCCGUCGGUGAGCUCCUCGGCGCGGCCUGCUUUAUUACUGGCGUCGUUGCUGGUUCCAUGGCCCUUGUGCGCGAAUUUCGUGUGGACAGAAAAACAUAUGUAAGAGAUAUCGGCUUCUUCAUCGUGGCGGUGGCAUUUUCAAUGGCUUUUCUAGCGGAUGGUCAGCUGCGUUUUUGGGAAUGCUGGGCCAUGGUGGGCUACUACGCCGUCUACGUCGUCUCCGUGGUAGGUUGGCAUUGGUACUCGACCAGGAGGAAGCGGCGGUUGCGCCGUGAAGGCGAGGCACGCAGCCAUUACUACAGCAUACCGGGACAUGCUGGAGAUGAACUUUUUGGUGAGCCCUAUCGCGAUGAGCCGGAAAACCCCCAGGACGACGUUGGGGAUGAUUCUCGCAGCGGUUCGGCGAGGGCCGAUAUUUCGGCCCUGGAGCGAGCUCCAAGGAUCGACAUUGAAAACCGAGACCAAGACAGUGACCGGGGCGGAUCCCUUGACGAUGGCAGCGAUGAGGACCACGAGAGAAUGGUGGCUGCUGAGGUGUCAAGGAGCAUGCGAGUUUUGCGAACAGGGAGAACAAAGUCAAUCAACUUGACCCCAAUCCGUCCAAGUUUGGUUGGCGCCUUGGAAUUUCGAUCGGCUUUGGCCCAGCUACAGCGAGAGAGUAACCUUCAGCUCUCAGAUAUUCCUGGACGGACUUAUUCAGAUCAUCCAACAGGGCGGGAUAGGAGGGGCACAACCAGUGUGGUACCGGAUUCGGGGCUUUGGGAAACUGCGUCAACACCCGGGGUUUCCAGUCGUGAGAGAGCUUUCUCAUAUGGUGCGAGAGCACCACUGUCUGCCCCUCUUCCUAUUUCAGAGGAUGAAGAGACUUCUAGCGAAUCGAGCGCGAACCUGAGCCCUGGACAUGCCACUCCGGCUCACGGCGCGACUCCUUCGACAGCAUAUGUCGUUGGUGGGAACUUGGCGCCACCUCCUGUUGGACCUUCCGGCGCUAUCGAAACUGGAAGGCCGAGUUCAGGCGCCCAUGGGCAUAGCAAGCAACCCAGUGGUUUGCGUUUGAUUAUACCUAGCAGACGCAGCAGCUAUAGCGACGAAUCUUCGCCAUCAUCUCCUUUCCCCCGCUAUGCAGAUUCACCCUCGGCUAUGACACCAAGCCAACACCUAGAGAGGACGGAGUUUAUGUUACCGCCGCCUGUAGCGCCGCACCGAGAUGGUCACUUUCCAGACAUGUCAGGGUCUAUUAUAGUACGCCGACGACCGAUACACUGGUGGCCAUAUGCGCUUCUGCCACCACCCGACGUUGUUCUAGCCACCCUCUUUCCGACCUUGCAGGCCUGGGGUGAGAAGACUAUCUGGGACAAGUUCUUGAGCACCAUAUCGGUACCAAGCAUCUUUUUGCUUGUAAUUACGCUACCAGUUGUGGAGUCCGAGACAAACGAAAGCUCGGUGGAUGACCUAACUGUUAUGGAGAGUUCUGGUAGGCGGGAACUGGGCCAUGAGACGCAGUCUUCUCCUAUGGAACCGCAGCUUAUUGAACCGGAAGGCGAAUGGGAGCGAUACCGAAGGCAUUCGCUAAGUCGCAGCCGUAGGAACAGCCUCGCAACUGUCGAAGAUCGCUCACCGCGAUUGGUCGUCACUCUCGAAAACGAAGACACCGUGGUUACUCCGGAAGUGGAAGCAACGAAUGGUCAGACGGUAGCAAAGCCACUGUCCGACAUGCCGUCUGUUAGCAACGCAAAUGACGAGCUGUCGACAUGGAACCGGUGGCUCGUGUGUGUGCAAUUUGUUACUGGACCGCUCUUUGCCGUGAUGAUACUAUGGGCGAAUAUGGCGGAAGAUUUUUCGAACCCGGGGAAAGUGCUUGUGAAGAUGAUCUUGUACACUCUCCUCGGGUCACUUAUCCUUUUGGCGUUCCUCUUUCUGUUCACGUCGGAUCAUAAGCGGCCGAAAUAUCACUUCCUUCUCUGUUUCCUUGGGUUCAUUAUUAGCAUUGCAUGGAUCUCAACAAUUGCUGGGGAGGUGGUUGGGGUUUUGAAGACAUUUGGCGUCGUUUUGAAUAUCUCAGAGGCGCUGCUUGGCCUGACCAUUUUUGCGGCUGGCAACAGUGUGGGUGAUUUAGUUGCUGAUAUCACGGUGGCGCGAUUGGGCUAUCCCGUGAUGGCAUUGUCUGCAUGCUUCGGAGGGCCAAUGCUCAACAUAUUGCUUGGUAUUGGUAUCGGCGGUGUUCUCAUGAUGGUCCAAAACGCCAACAAGAAACACGCCAAGCACCCGGAGCGACCCAUCCAAUACGGCCCUUACAGCGUGAAAGUAGGACCGACGCUCAUGAUCUCGUCCGUCACGCUUCUCAUAACACUGGUGCUACUAUUAAUCAUCGUGCCAUUGAAUAAAUGGAUACUGAGCCGCAAGAUCGGGUGUGGAUUGAUUGCGCUCUGGACAUUGAGCACAAUUGCCAAUGUCGUGGUGGAAGUAACGGGGGUGUGGCAGGAAUCAUGA